CGUAUAUUUACUACCAGUUUCUGUCAUAACAACUAAAUAUGAAUAGAAAUAGAGUUUUUUAGUUGAAAGAGAUAUAAAUACAAAAGAAAUAUUAAUAACUAGUUUUUGGUCUAUUUAUUUGCAGCAAAUAUGAAUUUAAAGUGCCUUUUAUUCAAUUGCUUAACAAUUAUAUUAAUUGCCGACAAAUGUUUGGCCACAUUAUCGCAAAGUAGUCGUACCUCUAAAUCAAAGAGUGUUGUGGAGCCGAGAGGACCGGUCAACGAGUCUCUGGUCGACCGAAAUUUAAUCGUAACGAAUCCCAAAGUGAAAGAAAUACUCCGCGAAUACAAUGCAUACAAUUUAGAGACCACUUCUGUCCGCAAUUUUAACGGAACAGUUCUCGGAUAUGUCACACCUUGGAAUUCUCGGGGCUAUGAUAUCGCCAAACAGUUUGCCCUAAAGUUCACGCAUUUGUCUCCCGUAUGGCUUCAGGGAAAGCUCGCCGACGACGAGGAGACACUUAUUGUGGAGGGAACUCAUGAUAUCGACUUCAAAUGGAUGCAAACCAUUCGAGCGCUCAAUCCUGAUAUCAAGAUCGUGCCCAGAAUUAUAUUUGAGGGCUGGACUCACUCACAGUAUACCUAUUUGGCAACUCAUCCCGAAUUGGUUCCCGCGAUUGCUCGACAACUUUGCGAUUUUGCCAAAAAGUGGGAAUUCGAUGGCUUUGUGAUCGAGUUAUGGCAUGCGUUCGCUUCACAGCACCGGCCUGGCCGAAAGGGAACAUUCCUUAAGGACGACGCCGAAAGACUGGCCCCUUUUGUCAGAGGCUUUAGUGUUAUGACAUACGACUACUCCAAUACACAGAGGCCGGGCCCUAACAGUCCGUUUAAAUGGGUUCGCGAUUGUAUCAAAGCCUUGACACCCAAACAGACGUCGCCUAUUCGUCGCAAACUAUGGAUUGGUUUCAAUUUCUACGGCAAUGACUACUCGCCCACCGGUGGCGGACCUAUUGUCGGCUCACAAUAUAUUGAGAUUUUAGACAAAUACAGACCAAAACUCAUUUGGGAUGAGAUCUCUGGCGAACAUUAUUUUGAAUACAAGUCGGGAACGGGAAGGAAUCGUGUCUUUUAUCCGACUCUGUAUUCACUUCAAAAGCGGAUCCAAUUGGCUCAAGAACUCGGCACUGGAAUUGCCAUUUGGGAGAUUGGACAGGGAUUGGACUACUUCUAUGAUCUCCUAUAACCACACGAUUCAUAAACUAAUUAAUAAGUCAUUUAGCGAACAAUCAUUACAACUCUAAUCAAACAAAUGGCAACUUUUCAGUCGUUUAUCCAAUAGUUUAGCUCAAAAUUUUAAAUGUCAUAAUAUUUUUGCACAAAAAACUAAACGGUAUUAAAAAAUAUGAUUUUUAUUUACCGUAUUUUGUGGCG